UAUCUGCCUUUGAUCUCGUAGGUGGCUGGUCCACUACGAGACGAGAGAACUGUAUGACUAGACAGCUCUUAUUUCGCUCAUUCCUUGACUGCAUGCGUUUGGCCUCUCAAACGAGCCUUUAUUCUUACCUCUGUUUCGAUAGUAACUGAUAGUUCUAGCGACUUUCAGAUUGGUCCACACCGUUCCUCUUUCCAAAUAAAAAAAGAGAGGUGUCUCCAUUACCACGAGUUCUUCUACCAUGCACUGUUUGGGGAAGUCUUGCACUCUUUUUUUCAUCUUUCUAUUCAGUGACUUCAGCUUUACGCACGGAGGUCAUGUCCUCGUGUUACCCGGAGAAUACAGUCACUGGUCCAACAUGCGCAACAUCGUGGACGAACUAUUAGACCGAAAUCACAACGUGACAGUGUUGGUGAACUCAGCCUCACCAUCUGUAAACUUCAGACAGCGGGAGAGGUUUGAAUAUCUGGUGUUUGAUGUACCUCUGGAUGCACAUGAGGUGCACAGUCUGAGUGAACAGCUGCUGGAUAUCUGGAUGCAACACCCUAGACCAAACAUUGUCCGGAUCGGUCUCCAGAUUAUGAACUUGCUGGGGAAACUGAACACAAUGCAACGGACCAUGUGCGACUCCAUGCUGCGAAGUGAAGAGCUGAUCAAACGCUUGAAGGCGUUUAAGUUUGACGUGCUCUUAUAUGAUCCCAUGAUCAUAUGCAGUGACCUGCUUGCUGAGAUUCUGGAUCUACCAAUUGUCUUGUCCCUCAGGUUUUCACUGGGAUUUUCCAUGGAGAGGAUAUGUGGACACAUGCCCGCACCACCCUCUUAUGUCCCAGUUCCCCCGACGGAGAUGACAGAUCACAUGAGCUUCGUGGAAAGAUUAAAAAAUGUGAUCGUGUAUGCUGUUUAUUCCUCUGCAUUUCGGAUGGCCUCUAUCAGUUUGGAUAAUUACUACAGUGAUGUAUUAGGCAAACCUACAACAAUGUGUGAGACCAUGGGAAAGGCUGACAUCUGGUUGAUUAGAACUUACUGGGAUUUUGAGUAUCCCCGACCGCUGCUGCCUAAUUUUAAAUUUGUUGGAGGAUUACACUGCAAACCUGCAAAGCCUCUUUCACAGGAACUGGAAGAGUUUGUCCAGAGCUCAGGAGAUCAUGGCAUUGUCGUAUUUUCAUUGGGUUCCAUGAUCAAUAACCUGACAAUGGAAAGAGCAAACACAAUAGCUUCUGCUCUUGGUCAGAUCCCGCAAAAGGUUGUUUGGCGUUACAGCGGGAAAACGCCAGAAACCCUUGCCCCGAACACAAAACUCUAUGACUGGAUACCACAGAAUGAUUUGCUUGGACAUCCAAAAAUGAAGGCCUUCAUUACUCAUGGUGGUACUAAUGGACUAUAUGAAGCUAUUUAUCAUGGUGUCCCAAUGGUGGGCUUACCACUGUUUGCUGACCAGCCUGAUAACCUAAACCACAUGAAAACAAGAGGAGCUGCUGUUAUGCUUGACAUCAACACAAUGAAGUCCAAAUACCUGGUGGAUGCUCUCAAUACUGUCAUAAAUGAUCCUUCGUACAAGAAAAGCAUCAUGAGGCUGUCCAGAAUACACCAUGAUCAGCCAAUGAAGCCCCUGGACCAGGCAGUGUUCUGGAUUGAAUUUGUGAUGCGCAAUAAAGGAGCCAAAUAUCUGCGAGUUCAGGCACAUGAACUUAGCUGGUAUCAGUACUACUGUCUAGAUGUAGUUGCUUUCUUACUCACAAUUGUUACACUGAUCAUAUUUAUCUUCAUCAAAAUAUGCUGCUUCCUUUUCCGUAAAUGUUUCAGAAAGACUCUUCCUGAUGGAAAAGCAAAAAAGAAUAAAAAAGAGUGAAUGCACAGUGUUAACUUACCACAGUAACGUUGACCUUAAUUGGCAGUUCUUCUAAUUCUUUUGCUAUGUGUGUCGUGGCUAGUGUGCAUUUUGUGUUUACUAUAAACUGUAUUGUUCUUAAAGCUUUUGUAAUGCUUUGGAUAAAAGCAUUGUAAUAUGAUAAAUACAUAUCAUACUAUGUGUCAAUAAAAAUACAAAGGUAAAAUAUGAA